UGAUGGGAGUGCUGGGGAUCAUUUCUCGGUGGUGCUCAGCAGGAGAUGCAACUUUGCUAUGUGUGCAGGGGAAAUGCUUGCUACUAUUUCCUUGAAACAGGUCUGCAACUCUCCAGAGACCCUGAGAAGAUAGACUGGGAGUGCUUGUACCCACUGUGCUGCUGCCAGGGCCAUCACCUCCAUCCUACCAGCCGGGGGCCAUUCUUCUCCACGCCGAUACCACAAAUCCUGGUCUUCGAUGCAUGGCAUUUGUGUCAGCAGGAUUGAACCAGGCCAGUCUCCUGGAUGUGGAACUCCAGAGAAAGCACUGGCUGUGACUUCAGUAGUGAGCCAGCAACAUCCUGAAGGCCUUGGGUUUUGUCAGACACUUUCACUAUUUGACUGAAUCCUUCUGCAGACAUCUGUCCUGAGAGACCUUCUUUGAGCUGGAGCAAGCGUGGCUGCUGGACUGCUCUGGAAGCCUGAGAUGGCUCUGACUUCUCCAAAAUCUGCAGCAGGAGAUUUGACACAAAGAGAAGACCCCAUGCUCCAUGAUGGAAACUGUUCCCAUUUCCUCUCUGCAAAUAUCAUCACAGUGGUGGAAAGAUGUAUGAGUUCCAUGCAGGCUGGUACCCAGAUGAUCAAGCUCCGUGGUGGCUCCAAAGGGCUGGUUCGCUUCUACUACUUGGAUGAGCACAAGUCCUGCAUUCGCUGGAGACCCUCUCGGAAGAACGAGAAAGCCAAAAUUUCUAUCGACUCUAUCCAGGAGGUCUGUGAGGGGAAGCAAUCGGAGAUCUUCCAGCGCUAUGCUGAUGGCAGCUUCGAUCCCAACUGCUGCUUCAGCAUCUACUAUGGAGACCAUAUGGAAUCCCUUGACCUGGUGUCUUCCAGUGGAGAGGAAGCACGCACCUGGAUCACAGGGCUGAAGUAUCUGAUGGCAGGGAUCAGUGAUGAAGACAGCCUCUCAAAACGCCAGAGGACCAGAGACCAGUGGUUGAAGCAGACAUUUGAUGAGGCAGACAAAAAUGGAGAUGGCAGUCUGAGUAUUAGUGAAGUGCUCCAGCUAAUGCACAAACUGAACGUCAACCUGCCCCGGCAGAAAGUCAAGCAGAUGUUUAAGGAGGCUGACACAGAUGACAACCAGGGCACCUUGGGCUUCGACGAGUUCUGCGCCUUCUACAAGAUGAUGUCCACGCGCAGAGACCUCUACCUGCUGAUGCUCACCUACAGCAACCACAAAGACCACCUGGACACAGAUGACCUGAGGCGCUUCCUGGAGAUCGAGCAGAAGAUGACAAAUGUAACCAAAGAGCACUGCCUGGAGAUCAUCAGCAAGUUUGAGCCAUGCCUGGAGAACAAGAAGGAAGGAGCUCUGGGGAUUGAUGGUUUCACCAACUACAUGCGGAGUCCAUCAGGAGACAUUUUCAACCCAGAGCACUACCAAGUGAAUCAGGACAUGAGCUACCCUUUGAGUCACUAUUUCAUUACCUCUUCACAUAAUACCUACCUCAUGGGAGAUCAGCUGAUGUCCCAGUCUCGAGUGGACAUGUAUGCAUGGGUGCUACAGUCUGGCUGCCGCUGUGUGGAAGUUGACUGCUGGGAUGGGCCGGAUGGGGAACCAAUUGUCCACCAUGGAUACACUCUGACUUCCAAAAUUCUCUUCAAGGAUGUGAUUGAAACUAUCAACAAAUAUGCCUUUAUCAAGAAUGAGUACCCUGUUAUCUUGUCAAUUGAGAACCACUGCAGUGUGGUUCAGCAGAAGAAGAUGGCUCAGUAUCUUACAGAAAUCCUGGGAGAUAAACUGGAUCUGACUUCUGUGCACUAUGAUGAUUCUACCAAGCUCCCUUCCCCAGCAAGUCUUAAAGGAAAGAUACUGGUUAAGGGGAAGAAACUUCCAGCCACCAUCAGUGAUGAUGCUGAGGAAGGGGAAGUUUCUGAUGAGGACAGUGCUGAUGAGAUUGAUGAUGACUGUAAAAUAAUGAAUGGAGAUGCCUCUAGUAACAGGAAGAGAGUGGAGAAUAUAGCAAAGAAGAAACUUGACUCACUGAUAAAAGAAUCCAAAAUCCGUGACUGUGAAGACCCAAACAAUUUUACAGUUGCCACUCUGCCAUCCUCAGGAAAGGCUGCUGGUCUCAAAGCAGACAGUAAGAAGAGUAAGGCUGAGGAUGAUGUGGAGUCUGGGGAGGAAUUCAGCAGCAAAAGGCCCAGCCGGUCACUCAUGGGCAGCUUUUCCAAGCGCAAGAAAAAAGGAAGCAAAUUGAAAAAGGCAACAAGUCUGGAAGAGGGUGAAGAUGAUUCAGAUUCUCAAGGAAAUGUAGCCAGGAGCUCUGUACAUUACAGCAGGAUAAACCGACAGAAGAAGACAAUGAAGCUGUCCAGAGCACUCUCUGACCUGGUGAAAUAUACCAAGUCUGUUGGCAUCCAGGAUGUUGAAACUGAAAUCUCUUCCAGCUGGCAAGUUUCAUCUUUCAGUGAAACAAAAGCCCACCAGAUCCUGCAGCAGAAGCCAGCUCAGUAUCUGCGUUUCAACCAGCAUCAGCUGUCCCGCAUCUACCCAUCCUCUUACCGUGUCGACUCCAGCAACUACAACCCCCAGCCCUUCUGGAAUGCUGGCUGCCAGCUUGUUGCACUAAACUACCAGUCUGAAGGGAGAAUGCUGCAGCUGAACCGGGCCAAAUUUAGUGCCAAUGGGAAUUGUGGCUAUGUCCUCAAACCAAACUGCAUGUGUCAAGGUGUCUUUAACCCAAAUUCUGAAGAUCCUCUGCCUGGCCAGUUGAAGAAACAGUUGGUUCUAAGAAUUAUCAGUGGUCAGCAACUCCCCAAACCUCGUGAUUCCAUGUUGGGAGACAGAGGAGAGAUCAUAGAUCCAUUUGUUGAAGUAGAAGUUAUAGGCUUGCCUGUUGACUGCUUCAAAGAACAAACCAGAGUGGUUGAUGAUAAUGGCUUUAACCCCAUGUGGGAGGAGACGUUGGUGUUCACGGUGCACAUGCCUGAGAUUGCCCUGGUUCGGUUCCUGGUGUGGGAUCAUGACCCCAUCGGCCGUGACUUCAUUGGCCAGAGGACCAUUGCCUUCAGCAGCAUGAUGCCAGGUUACCGCCACGUGUACCUGGAAGGUAUAGAAGAGGCAUCCAUCUUUGUUCAUGUGGCUAUCAAUGACAUCUGUGGUAAGGCCAAACAAGCUCUAGGUCUAAAAGGCCUGUUUCUCAGAAAUCCAAAGCAGGCCUCUCUGGACAGUCAUGCUGCUGGGCAGCUCCAUCGCAAACAUUCCUUUAGCAGCCACCUCCUGAGGAGGACAGCCAGCGCGCCCACCAAGAGCCAGAAGAGGACCAAGAAAGGCUUCCCUGAAAUUGCUUUUGACUCAAAAGAAAACAGCUCCGAAGGGGCCGGUGAAGACUGUGAAGUGGAAGCUGCCUCACAGCCUCGCUUUGAGCAAGAGCCAGAACGUGCCCCCCUGUCACCAGCUCCCCGAGAUGGUGCCAGCGGGGAGGGGCACGGCAAGGGGUUGAAAGGUAAGGCCCAUAGCUCUCCUAAGGCCAGAAGCUGUGCUGCAGGGGCUGCUGCUUUCAGCGAGCCCUUGCGCAGGUCUAACAGGGUGCGGCUGCAGGAGCAGCAGAGCGAGAAGCAGAGUGUCUUUGCACGCUGUGCCAUCAACAGCUCUGGCAGGAUCGGAGUGGCCACCAACUGCAUGAAAUGCAUGAUCGGCUCCAAAGAGAGCCCAGAUCUAGAAGGCCAGUGGAGUGACCAUCCUGCCAGGCCUAUUGCUAAGGAUCUCCUUCACCAUGAUCAGUAUAGCAGUAUAACUGGAGAAGAGAGGGUAGAGCUAAGCACUUGGGCUGUGAAAGGGCAGCCCAGGAGGCGCUCAGACCUGCAGCCCUGCAGCAGCCCCGGGACUGCCGAUGAUCUCGCCAGGAGCACUCAGCCUUUUGCCAGCCCAGGGAAGAAAAACCUUGAACCUAAAUGUCAUGGAAUAAAGGCUCAUUCCCGGCAGCGGUGGCAGUGCCAAUCAGGUGGCAAGUAUGGAAGCACUGUCAACUUGGUUGCAGCCAGCAAUGGCUCUAUAUCCUCCAGCUCCAGCAGCCUAGAAAGCCUUGGAAGCCCAGAGUUCCCCAAGCGCUGCUCUGAACCUUCUCGGAGGCAAGCGGGCACCCUGCAGAGGGAAAUGAACGCCUUGUUCCUUCAGAAAUUGGAGGAAAUUCGAAGUAAAUCCCCUAUUUUCUUUACUGAUGUCUGCCAUUUUUCAGUACAGAGGUCAGUCACUUCUUUAUGCAGCCUAGAAACUAUCACUGAAGAGCCUGUCAUUUGCAAUGACCACCAUCACACCAGCCUAUUCUUCCCUCUACCCGUUGCUCCUUACAGUGAUUCUGAAGAAGGGUCUGUGUCUGGACAUUCCACCCAAUCUCCAUCAGAAGCAAGCAGCACAUCCAACCAGCCUCAAGAAUCUCUCCUCACCAGAGAUCAAAGAACUACCUUGGCUGCAGAAGACCAAGGGCAGGUAGUCACAAAAGCAGCUGAGACAAGUUCAGUAGGCCAAGAAGAUGAGAGGAAGAGCCUGGUGGGAUGUCUCAAAGAAGAAACUGGUGGGACACAGACAUGCAGUAGAGAUGAGCUUGGAGUGGCAGCGCACCCUCAGAAAGCCUGGCUGGGGGUGGCAGCAGGCAGGGCUGCUGGCCAGCCUCUGGAAGACUGCCCGGAGCAAACCGACCAAGCAGGACAGGUAUUAGCAGACACAAAAAGCACCACUGAAUGCAAAGGACAAACCCUUGGCCCAGCAGCUGUUCUGCUGCAGCAAAACAAGGUGGUUACCAGCACACAGACAACAGUGCCUCCAGACACCUCCCAGAAAGCCCAGGCUGCACAGGCUCUACCUGUUUCUGCCCCUCAGACGAGCUCCUAUGUGCCAGUAAGGUCACAGAAGGAAGGAGUGAAGAAGUUGGACUCCUCAGCCUUAAUGCCCACCCCGAGCAGCCUGUCUCCAGCAGCAGAAGUGUACUUUGAUGCCACUGUCAACGACCGGCUCUGGAGCAAGCUGGAGUGCAGCAGCCACCGUGACAGCAUGUCCUCCUCCUCCAGCAUGUCCUCCAACGACACUGUCAUCGACCUCUCUCUGCCCAACCUGGCUCGCAAAAGCCUCCCGGACCUUGGCAUCCGGCACGACAACUUCGAGCCCCUUGCCAUAAGGAAGGGAAUGCGCCCAAGGUCUGCCACAGCAUCCAGCAAUGAGAUGCCAAUGGUGAGCAAGAGCAAAUCCAACCCCAACCUGAGGUCUGGGCAGCUGCCAGCAGACGAGCUGUGUCCUCGUCCUCUUGCCAGGAGCCCUCAGGAUGCGUUCUCAUCCAUUCCUAGGAGGCACACCUGGAGCAGGCUGUACAUGGAAAGUCUCAGGCAGUCCUCUAACAAAUCCAAAGCUCACGAUAUGGUUGGGAAUAACCAGGCCAAAUCCAAGAGCCUUGGGGACCUUACCUCUGAUGACAUUGUGUGCACUUUCGAAAGCAAAUACCGUAGCAUCAGCAGGAGCUUCGUCACCCGCUCCAUGCGGGAGCAGCGCCGCUCGGCGGGCCUGAGGUCCUCACUCAGAUCCCAGGACGAGCUGACAGAGCAGCUGAAGAAGCUGACGGCCUUCCAGCAGGAAAAUGACAUCACUUCCCCUAUCAGCCUCGACCCAGUGGAAUCUGAAGAAGAAGGGGAGAGCUUGGGGCUCCUGCGCAGGUCUUCAUCUCGCAGCCAGAGCCGGGUGCGGUACAUCGCCAACAGGGCCAAGCAGGCGCAGGAGAGGCAGCGGCUGCAGAGCCUGGGCCAGCUCAGCGGCAGCCCCAUCGAGGAGAGGGGCAACCCGGAGGGGGCCUGCAGCGUGGCCAAAGCACUUUGUAUGGAUGUAGCUUCUCCUGCCACCUUUCCAUCCCAGCCUAAGAACCAAAGUGAUUACAAUGCUGAGACAGAAGUCUUCUUUAUGCUGAAACUGUAGUUCUGGGCAGCACUGGAAAAGGCAAUGUUUACAUUCCCGAGCAACCCGAGAGGCACCAAAGUAUCCUCUCCUGGCUCAGUGCUUCCUGGCCUCCCCUCAGUCACAAGGGUACUUGAAUAUCAUGACUCCAGGAGAGCAGAUGAUGGAAUUGUCAGCAGGCUGCAGGAACAGAGCAAGCAGUGACACUGGAGGCUUGGGUUUUCCCAGGCCUGAUCAUCCAACCUUUUCUUCUUUUUAAUUACACUUCUCCCAGCCUCAAAUUUGGCCUCUUCUGUGUCUGACCCUUCUUGCAUUUGCAGUUUGCUCUGUGCAGAUCUCCUGUCUUUACUCAUUUCAGUAACAGCUUCUCACAAGAGGGGAACAUCUACAUGAUGUUAACGACAGCCGAGGUAGAGUUUGCUCUGGCAAACUGUGGAUCCAUGAAAGAGGCUGGGUUUGGAAUCCUGCUCCCUGUUCUAUUAUUUGGAAGAGUCUGGGGCCUCCGAGGGUGUCCUCUAUGGGACUUGACCAACCAAGUCUGCUUGGAGAGGCAUCCCUGGCUGUGACAGGGAGGUUGGAGUAGAUGAUGUCUGAGGUCCCUUCCCUCAGCCAUUCUAUUGGGAUGAACUAUUCCAACUUGCAGUGUGGCUGUUUCAUGAACUGGUGAUGCAGUAGAUCAAGUCCAUCCUCCAUCAUGGGUCUGUUUAUUCCAGUGGAAACCCAGAGGGCCUCGCUCUCUGCAGAAGAGCUCUGAGUGCUCCAAAGCUCUUUUACCCCAAGCUUGUUUGUAGAGAUGACCAAACCUCUGUGCAGUGUGUAUGCAGAGAGCUCUGCACACAGCUGCACCCACUGGGACCGCUCCUUGUCUCAGAAGGGGGAAGGAGACAGGAGGGAGAAGGGAAUGACUGAAAGCAGCCAGGAAAUCUCUACUGACUUCCAUGCAGAAAUGGCUCUGAGCAUGCUAAGCCUUUCCCUGACAACUGCACUGUCCCUCCUCCCUGGUGUUUUACCAAUGCUGCUGUACAUAGCACUUUUUGGGAUGGAUUUUACUACUUCUGUAUUGCACUGCCAUGAGAAAUUUUCAAUGCUAUGUUUAAAAAAAACCAAACAAAACAAAAGGAAAGAAAAAAAAAAAAGAUAUAUUUAAUUGUGGUUUGUUUUUUUUUUAGAUGAAGAUCUAUAGAAUGAAAUAUCAACCAAACCAGAAUCAGCAUUUUUCCACACCCCCCCUUCUUUUUGUUUGUUUUUUGAUUUGUUGAUUUGGGUUGGUGGUUUUUUUUUUACUCUUUAGGGAUGUUGUUUGUGUCCCCAACCCCUGUCAUGAUGUCAUUGAUCCUAGAUGUACAUUUUUACCAGUGAUGGAAAAGAAUGUUUACUGAGAUGCUUUUAAAAGAGAAACAGAGGUUUUAUUUUAUUUCAGGCUGUGUAGAGUCCCUGUUAUGGAGAGGAUAUUUUGCUUUUUUUGUUUGUACUGAUUCUUUCUUUUGUGUAUAUUGAGCAAUCUAAAGGUUUGUUUGUAAACCCACCUCCCACUACUGAAAUAAACAUAUUUAACCUUC